AUGUCGGAUCCCGAGGAAUUUGAUCUCAAUGAAUUUUUCUCCACUGUCCCUCUUCCAGAUGGUCUCUUAUUGCCGCCUACCUUUCUUGAACCUCAUGAACCUCAUUUUGUGCCUUGGCCUCAUGGAUAUCCAAAUCCAAAUGACUAUAUGUUUAGUGGUGUAAUGGAGCUCUCUGGUCAUUUUCAAGCAGGCAAUGAUUUGCUCAUGUCAGUGAACCAAACUCCCGGGUCAACUCAACACGUCCCUACAGAUACUGUUGGCGAUCCUUCAAGCAGACUCCUUUUAGAGACUUCAAACUUACAAAACGGCGAUGAGCAUAUAUCUGGUCUGACAUACGAUAUACCUUUCCCGAACUCUUGCUUCUUCGAUGGGGAAGCUGAUCCCCUACAUCAUACUGAGCCCAGACAGUCCGAGAGUAUGAGUUGCAGCAUGCCGCAAUCGGGACCAGAAAGUCUUGAGAGUCGGGUUAUAGAAUCUCAGGUUUCCAUACCCUCAGGUUCGGAAGUACCAAUCUCGAGAAACAUCACACCUCAAAAGAGGAAGUCUAUUGGGCCUUCUCGAGAAUAUGAACUUACCCCUUUGAAAAGGGGUGGAAAACGUGGGAAAAUGACUCAAACAGAACAAGAGGGCCGCGAGAGAAUUAGGAAAUUGGGACCAAAGCUCAUGAAACAGCCUUGUACAAAGGCCACGUUCAUGGACAUAGUUGAGCAAAACCCUUGCUUUGAAUCCUUGAGUCUCGCCAAAGAAGGGUUUUACCUAGAACUCAUUCCAGAUAUUCCACUUUAUGCAGGAGUUUCUACUAUGUGGAGUAUCGCAGCUCCCAUGUUUAUGUCAGUUCUCAAAAAUGCGGAGUCUACGGGCAUCAACGUACUACCACGGCUUGCGCCCUUCAUGAUGAAAGCACCAACUGAACUAAAGAAGUUGGAAGGCUUUAACGGAAUACUACCAUAUUUCUUCGGUCCCCCUUCUCAGAAUUUUCAUGCUACCACUUUGUUUCAAAAGAAACUAUUGUUCUGUGCAUCUGGUCCCCGCACCUUCAGAGUAUACGACUCAACAGGCAAGCUACAUGAUAUGGGUGACAAUGAAGCCGUUCGAAAUGCGGCCCAGCUACUUGAUUGGCUUGCAAUACGACACUUAGAAAUGGACAUGUUUUGCUACCUGCAGAAAUCAGUGAAUAAGCUACAUGAGCUUUCAGCUUCGGACCUUUAUGACAUCAUUCUUGAGCUUAUUGGACUAGUUGGGCUACUAUCAGGAUAUUGGGAACAUUCUGUCAGUUUCUCUCCAGGGCGAAUGGCACUUGACCAAGAAACAAUCGGACCAUGGAUUGACCGCCAUCAACGCCUGUAUAUGGCUCUCUUUGUUUAUCUAAAUAUCGCGAUUUCAAAACUCCCGUCUUGGUCCAGCUUCUGGGAGGAGCUAGAAUCAAAGCUUACAGUCAAGUUUACGUCACGCGAAUUUCGAGAUAUGUUCAAAUUUGACCCUAAAUUCGAAGAUGAUGAUGAUGAUGAUCGGUGGGGAUUAUCGGAAGACUUCUUCGAAUUUCCGAGGAGACUUCAAAGCAAUUUGGUGGACCGAGAAUUUGAGAAAUUUGACCUACUUCACAUGGAUGGACUACUGUCAGCAACCAUAUCCGGAAAUUUUGACGAAGUGCGGGUAUCCAAGUUCUUCAGUCUUGCAAAUAUUGACUGGGAACUCGCAAUUGGGCGUCUUUCGUUGGGGUAUUUUGACCCUGACGAUGUCAAUGACAUGUUAUUAUUUCAUUUGGCCAACAUAUUGAGAAGCCGCUUACAACUGACUCGGCAAUGCUCUCUCUUCAAGGAAGAGUAUGCCAAAGGCGGUUUGGUUCCAGAGGAAUUUGUUCAGUUGACUGAGAGUCUUGCUAAGGAAAAACGACGCAACCAAUUUUUAGUAUCUCUCCGAGAGGGCUUGCGCUGGUUAGAGCUCAAGAGGAUAAUUGGGGGAGAGGAAAUUUAUCUUCUUGAUAACCUAUUUGAAUCUUUGAAGCCUGGAUAUAAAUUGUCUCUAGUUGACAUUCCUCUGGCCGUGAGAAAUGGCGACGAUGAAGAUUUUGAUCAGCUAAAAAAGCUGCUCGUGUCAUCUCAAUCCUGGGUGCGAGAAACCUGCGCGCAGCUUCGAGGAAUGGUCGGCUGGAUAAAGGAAGCUACUAUCGCCUCCAAAGCCAUAGCAGCUGUGUUCGACCGAAAAGACGACCCCAGAUUCAACGAAGGCGAAGACGAAGAAGACGAAGAUGGAGAUGAGACGGCUUUGUUGAUCAAGAGCGUACAAUCAUUGCUAUUUGGUUAUCCUGACGCGCCAUCUUAG